AUGGCCUUUUUGAAAAGCGUUCUGCUAGCACUUUCAGCAGCCUCGGCUCUUGCAGAGUCCUCUAGCACUGCCGCCAGUUGCAACCCAAUUAAGACAUCUGGAUGCUCGCCAGACCCAGCUUUGGGAUCCUCUUUUGCCGAAUCGUUCACCUCUGAAUCCGAGCAUUUCCACAAGCUGCAAUAUGCCACAGGCCAAAUCAAUUACACCGAUGAAGGCAUGGCUAUGACCAUCAACAAGCGUUUCGACAACCCCAGUCUCAGAUCGAACUUCUACCUGAUGUUCGGUAAGGUCGAGGUCGAAUUCAAAGCCGCUGCAGGCCAAGGUAUCAUUUCGUCUUUUUACCUGCAAAGUGACGAUCUGGACGAAAUCGAUUUGGAAUGGACCGGAGGUGACACCACACAGUUCCAAUCCAACUAUUUCUCCAAAGGUGACACAACAACGUGGGACAGAGGCGCCUUCCACGGCGUGGACGCCCCACAAGAAAAAUUCCACAACUACACAGUCGACUGGGCCAUGGACAAGACCGUUUGGUACCUAGAUGGCGCUCCCGUGAGAACAUUGACAAACGAUUCUAGCGAGGGCUACCCACAAUCCCCUAUGUACGUCAUGAUGGGCUGCUGGGCCGGUGGUGAUCCUGACAACCAGCCAGGUACCAUUGAGUGGGCUGGAGGUCUCACUGACUACACCAAGGCACCUUUCACCAUGUACAUCAAACGUGUGGUCAUCACCGACUACUCAACUGGUGAGCAAUACUCUUACAACGGCCAAUCCGGAAGCUGGGAAUCUAUUGAGGCCAAGAACGGUGAAGUUUACGGCAGAUACCAAGAGGCACAGAAUGAUUUCUCGUCUUUGACCAAUGGUCAGGCCAUUAGCAGCUCGAGCUCUGCCUCAAGUGCCAGCUCUAGUGCUUCUUCUAGUGCCAGCUCUAGUGCCAGCUCUAGCGCUUCCACCAGUGCUUCCACCAGUGCUUCCUCCAGUGCUUCCUCCAGUGCUUCCUCCAGUGCUUCCUCUAGCGCUUUCUCCAGUGCUAACUCGACUGUCUCUUCUAGCGCUCCUUACAGCACUCUUUCAAACUCCACCUCCAUCCUCUCCCCAUCCACUGUCUCUGUCAGCUCUGUCAGCUCUGGAUCUUCAGAGUCUGCUUCUGCAAUUUCAAAGUCUGCAAGCGCUUCCAUCAAACCACAGAGUUUGACUACUUCUGCUGAAGCCGCUGCUGUGACUUCAUCUGCUGCAGGAUCCAAAUCUUCUGCCAACUCGACCUCAACUGUUUCGUCUGCUAGUAGCUCUUAUUCUGUUCGCGUAAACACGACCAAUGGAGCAUACGCUAUGAAAAUGAGUCUACCAGCUCUCUUUGCAGCUGUCGCAUUCCUAAUAUAA